AUGGAGGUUCCUCAGGUAGAUCUUGUUCUUCAUGUUGAAGAAAGUCCAUCGAUCGAUCUUAUUAAUGUAUCUGAAGAUAGAUAUGAUGUAUGGAAAUUUUCAUUAAUUGGUCAACUAGAUUUUUUGAGGUUGAAAUUUGUUGCUGCUAUUUUGAAUUUGAAGAAUCAAUGGAAAUUAAAGGGUCAAUGUAAGAUGAUUCCUCAGGGAAAGGGAGUAAUUGGAACUCCUGUGAAGGUUGAUGAAGUGACUCUGAACUGUGAGAAUGGCCUAUAUGCAAGAGUUUUGAUGGAAAUUGAUUUUGCAAACAAAAUUCCUCAUAAAUUAUGGAUUAAGACCAAAUAUGGAGGGUUUAUGCAAAGUGUUCUUCUAACUAUUCUUCCAAAAUUUUGUCCACACUGCAAAAUAAUUGGACAUACUCAGCCAGAAUGCAGGGUAAUGAGGAAUUUAGCUCAGGAAGCUGAAGAAGGUAAGAAAAUUGGAAAUAAAAAUGAGGGCAGUACAUCAACACCAAAAGUAGUGAAUACUCCAAAAUCAAAUGUGGGUGGACCAUCAGUAAAAAAUAUGGAACUAUUUGAUAUAUUUGAAACUCCAGUGACACAAAUCAAUAUUCCAGAAGCUCAAGUUCAAAGUUUAACAGUUAAUGUACCAAUUAAUUCAGGAAGAUUUGAAACUUUACAAAAUAUAGAUGAAGGGGGGACAAGUAUGAUUGAUAUGUUAAGUCCAACAAAAUUUUUACAAUUAGUUGAAGACAAUUCUCUGGAGAAGAGUGUAUUGAAGUAUAUUAAUGACAAGAAUGGAUCUGUCUCUGAGGAAAGAGUUCCUACUACUUCUUGGACAAAAGUUAUUCAAAAACCUGCAGCACCAGCUCUACCAGAGAAGAAGAAUAUAGAGCCUAAGAUGAUCACUGUAAGUGUAGGUGAUUCUUUAAUAUCUGGAGUUCAUGCUCAUGUGGGUUUAAUUCAAAGGAGAAUUUUAUGGUCAGAAAUGGAGUUGAUCAGUGAGUUGAAAAAACCAUGGUUAAUUCUAGGGGAUUUCAAUGCAAUUACUUAUGUGGAAGAAAAAUUUGGUGGAAGAGCUCCUAAUAGAAGAUCAAUGUUAGAAUUCAAUAAGUGCAUAGAUGUUUGUGAUUUAAUUCAGGCUCCCAAAAAUGGUCAACAAUUCUCUUGGUCAAAUUGUCAAUAUGGUAGCAAAAGAAUCUUAUGUGUUUUGGAUAAAGCAAUGUUUAAUCAAUUAUGGCUGCAGGAUAAUGAAGACUGGAGUUUUAAGGUGGGCCUAAGAAUUUAUUAUGAUCAUGCACCUAUUUUAGGUGGUAGUACAAACAUUCCAAAGCCAAGGAAUUUUCCUUUCAAGUUUCAAAAAAUGUGGAUUUCACAUCAUAAUUUUAUGGAAAUGGUUCAAAAAAGUUGGUCUGAAGAUAUUGUGGGUGAUCCAUCUUUUGUGUUUCAAUCAAAAUUAAAAAGAUUAAAAAACAUUCUUAAAGUUUGGAAUUGGGAAGUUUUUGGAGAUGUAAAUAUGCAGAUUACAACUGCUGAAGUAAAUGUUCAAAAGGCAAUGGAAGAUUCAGAUAAAAAUCCUUUGGAUGAAGAAAAAUUGAAAAAGUUGGUUGAUGCGCAAAAUGAGUUUAAUACUAAGGAGGUUCAUAAGAGUACAUUGAUGAGGCAGAAAGCUAGGGAGGUGGAAAUAGCAGAUUCACUACUAAAAGCAAUUCCAAAAAAAGUGACAGAAGAAGAUCAACAAAUGUUGGAUGUUAUUCCUAGUACUGAGGAGAUAAAGGAUAUUGUAUUUAAUAUUGAUCCAGAUAGUUCUCCAGGGCCAGAUGGAUUUUUUGGUUGCUUUUAUAGAGCAUGCUGGCAGAUCAUUAAUGAAGAUUUGGGUGCAAAAGCUCCAAACCAUUUUAGGCCCAUAAAAAUGAGUAAUGUAAGUUUCAAGAUUAUCAUAAAGGUCUUAACAGUAAGAAUGAGCAAUCUGAUGGAAAAGUUUGUGUCUCCUCAACAAGUUGCUUAG